AUGUCUGCACUUAACGUGCUGAGCGGCCCGGGCGUUCUGCGGGGCCAGAUGGCCCGCGGGAGGCUGAGCCUGGAUCCCUGCUCGGGGGGAGCGGAGCGGCCGCGCUUCCCCCCUCCCUGCGCGCAGCUGCCGCGGGGGGAAAUCUGGCAGUCUGCUCUAAGCACCCUGAACCCAAACCCCACGGACAGCUGCCCCCUCUACCUGAAUUACGCCACUGUGGCCGCUUUGCCUUCCAGGGUCAGCCGGCACAACAGCCCCUCUGCAGCCCAGUUCAUCACCCGCCUGGUUAGAAACUGCCUUCCAGGAGGUGUCAACAGAUGUAUUGUUAUGGUCUGUGAGCAAUCCGAGGUCUUCGCUUCAGCCUGUGCCCUGGCCAGGGCUUUCCCCCUCUUCACACACCGAUCUAGCGCCUCCAGGCGCACCGAGAAGAAAACUGUCACCGUAGAGUUCUUCCUGGUUGGACAGAACAAUGGACCAAUAGAAGUGGCAACACUUAAAUGCCUGGCAAGUGCUACAGAAGGAGUCAGGCUGGCUGCUAGAAUUGUGGACACCCCAUGCAAUGAGAUGAACACAGAUAACUUCCUGGAGGAAAUCAAAAAAGUUGGCAAGGAUCUUGGGAUUACUCCUACCAUUAUUCGAGAUGAAGAGCUGAAAGAGAAAGGCUUUGGAGGUAUCUAUGGAGUUGGCAAGGCAGCUCUGCACCCCCCAGCCCUAGCAGUUCUCAGUCACACUCCAGAUGGUGCUACACAGACCAUUGCAUGGGUGGGCAAAGGUAUUGUGUAUGACACUGGAGGACUCAGCAUUAAGGGAAAGACUACUAUGCCUGGAAUGAAGCGAGACUGUGGUGGAGCAGCUGCUAUUUUGGGUGCCUUCAAAGCCACUGUAAAGCAAGGUUUUAAAGACAAUCUUCAUGCUGUUUUUUGUUUGGCUGAGAAUGCAGUUGGACCAUGUGCAACAAGACCUGAUGACAUUCAUGUUCUUUACUCUGGAAAAACUGUGGAAAUCAAUAACACUGAUGCAGAAGGUAGACUGAUACUGGCUGAUGGAGUAGCUUAUGCAUGCAAAGAUCUUGGAGCUGAUAUCAUUCUUGAUAUGGCCACUCUUACUGGAGCUCAGGGAAUUGCUACAGGAAAGUAUCAUGCUGCUGUCCUUACCAAUAACGAAGAGUGGGAAAAGGCUUGUGUUAAAGCUGGCAGGAACUGUGGAGACUUGGUCCAUCCUCUUGUGUAUUGCCCUGAGCUCCACUUCAGUGAAUUUACCUCUGCUGUAGCUGAUAUGAAGAACUCUGUAGCAGACCGAGACAAUACUCCAAGCUCCUGUGCUGGGCUCUUCAUUGCUUCUCACAUUGGCUUUGACUGGCCUGGAGUCUGGGUCCAUAUAGACAUUGCUGCUCCUGUUCAUGCAGGUGAACGAGCUACUGGCUAUGGUGUGGCUUUGUUGCUGUCCCUGUUUGGGGGGGCAUCUGAAGACCCUUUGCUAAACAUGGUGUCCCCUCUAGGGUGCAAUGGAGACUCUCCCACUGAAGAUAUGGAGAGAGAUUCCAAAAGGCGGCGCCUGGUUUAACGCACCCCAGCCCUGGGUGCUGGGGUACCUGGGUUACCUCACUUUGCACUGAUUCAUUCUCAAGCAAUGAAAAUGUCACGUCAGAAACUGCCAUUUUAUUUUAUUUUUUACUAUCAUGGUAAGAUUUAUUACUUGUUUCUGAUAAAACCAGCCUAAUUUCUUGUUUGUUUGGGUUUUGUUUUGUUUUUUUUAAAUUAUUGGUGCACACAGUUGCUGAACAGUAUCAGUGCUGCAGAGUCCAGACUCAACUAACUGUAUCAGGAAGAGGGCACAUCCUCCUCUGAGCUCCUCACAAAACCUAACCAAGUGCAUUAAUGCGUAAGAAGCUCUCUCUAGUAUGAAGAAGCAACUGCAGCUAUUGCUUACAAAACCUUCUGAAUUACUUAUUAUAUGUGAGGUUUUAUCAGACAUUUCUGCAGGCCCCGCUACAUCUCAGAAUACAG